ACCAAGAAGAUGAAAGCGUACACUUAUUCAAAUUUAGGACACCAUUGUCCCCAACAAGUAAAACUAGUAAAUCUUCUUCCGCACAUUCAAAUAUUGGCACUGAUAAUGAUUUUGGUGAAGGGGUUGCAAGUCGUUUUUCUGGCACAGAAAUAAAUGCUGGACCAAGAAUACAACACAGUUGUUUUUGGAUAGUAAUCAACAGCGUUUAUCCUUUUGGUGGAACGACUUCGAUGCAAAAUAUACCAUUUGAUAGAUAUCAGUUUGGUGCAUCUAAUCGAGCGCCAAAAAAAUAUGAUGCUCCAACAGACAAUACAACAAGUCAACAUGCUAAUCCGGACACUUUUAUUAGGCAACCACAAAGUUGGCCGACAACUGCUGCUGAACAACCAACUCCCUUAUCACAAUUGGGAGUGCAUAGAAUCGGAUCCACUUCUUCUCGUGUUCCACAUUCAGAUGAGAUCAGAUUUUUCA